AUGAAGGACAUUAUAGUUCUUUAUCCUGUUCUAGGUAGUGGACACUUAAUGUCUAUCGUUAAAUUAGGCAAACUCAUAGUAACUCAGCACCCUUCAUUUUCCAUCACAAUUCUCAUUCUUACACCAUCCAAUAAAAACACAAACAACAAAGACACCACUCUUUCUCCCCAAAAACACUACAUAGCAUCAGUUUCAGCCACAUUUCCUUCAAUCAAUUUUCAUUAUAUUCCUCCAAUUUCACUCCCUACAACACUUCUAACACAUCUUAUUACGUUUGAAAUCCCUCCACAAAGCUACCAUCAUAUUGACAACAUUCUUCAAUUCAUUUCCAAAAUCACAAACCUCAAAGUUGUUAUAUUAGAUUUCUUCACCUACAGUGCCUAUCAAAUAGCCACAAAACUUGAAAUUUCCACUUACUUUUACUAUACUUCAUGUGCAAUUGCAUUAGCCACUUUCCUCUAUUUGCCAACACUUCACCAAAACGCUAAAGAAACAAAUUCAGGAUCUUCACAUGCCACUUCGAAUUCCCGGUUUGCCAAAGAAUCUUACAACAUAUGA